UUAUGUAGACAUUUAAUCAUAAGUUAUAAUAAAUUAGUAUGUGUUAACUUAUACCUAUAAGAUAUACAAUUAUGAAUAGUUGUAUAGUUGUUUUAGAUUAGAAUAUUGUAUUUAUAAAACUAAAUACCUACCCACCUACUGUAAAAAAUGGAUUCGGGAAAAAACCUUUUUGAGUCGUUUAUGAUUGAUGAAGAUCUUAGAGAAUUCACCGAUCUACAACCAAUUAAUAUCAAUCAAAGUUUCAAUUCUAUUGAAAACCAUUCUGUUGUUGAAGAGGAGAGCAUAUCAACGGAAUCAGAUUUAACCAAUUAUAUCCCAACUUCAGAUCCAAAUCUCACGCAAAAUGCUUAUAGCCUUACAAUCACUGAUAAGAUGCAUUUGAAAAGUACUUUGGAAGAUUGGAAAGUGGGAUACUUGUACCAAACAUGUGUUGCUGAAUGUGUAGACAUCCAAGCAUUGAAGUACAUUAGUACUGACCAAAUCUAUGAACUUUUAUCAAAAUAUCCCCUGGGUGUUAAAAUUAAAUUCAACCAUUAUGUAAAGGAAUGGCGGAAAAAAAGACAACUGCAGGUUCCUGGAUCAAUUAUACCUUCACCAAGUGUAACUUCAUCGUAUCAACAAGUUCCCCCCUUUUCUGUGUAUGAGGUUCUAAAUAAAAGUUCUCAAGGUGCUUUGAUAACUAAUUAUUAUAAAACAAAUAAUAAUUUAAACGAGUCAUGUCGUAAUCUAAUGAUAGAUAUAAUAAUAUCUUAUUUGGUGGAGAAAAAUAUUUCUAUGUCAGUUAAUUUAGCAGAUACCAUAGCUACAACAAUUAGUGAAACAUUCAUCUCAGAGUUAAAGGAAACAUACUUUGUUCGAAAUUCAGAAAAUAAAUGUCCAAAGGGUAAACUUUAUUCUAAGUAUUUCAACAAAAUGAGAAAUUUAAAAAAUCAUGGUUUAGUUCCUCAAGAAGGCAUAUGCAAAAAGAGCAAAAAUGCCAACAAAAAUCUUACCAGAGUUACUGCAGAGUUAGAUGAUGAACUAAUAGCAGAAGAAGAUGCUUUUUCCACAAUAAGUCACUUAAAACAUGACGAUUUGUCGUGGCCAGAUGUCGAAAGUGCUUGGAAGAAAACAUCAGUAUACAGGUUAAAAGCAUUAAAAAACUCAAAUUUUUCUUACACCGAAAUCCAAACUACUUGGGUCCACUAUACUAAACCACUUGGAUAUAAGCUGAUUGACAUUGAUUUUCAACGCCUUUAUCAAAAUGCAAAAGACAUGCUUAGUGUUUUUGAUAAUACAUCAACCAAACUUGUACAAAUUCUCAAUGAACGAGUGAAAGACCCUACGAGUAGAAAAUUAAUUGCCUCUAUAAUAGAAAAUAGCAACUCAUCUGAAAAUUCCAGAAAUUCUGUUAUAUUUUAUGUUUUGCAUGCCAUGUUAGUACCAACAUCAAAAACAUCAUACAUUGACUCUGAAGGAAAAAGAUGUGUUAUCAAAUAUUCAAUAUCAGAUUCCCAACAGAGCUAUGUCUUGAUAGCCCAAACAGCAGCUGAACUUGAAGCACUUUUAAACUCAAAAAAAGUCAAUGGCAAUAGUAUUCAACCCUGUCUUUUGAUUGUGGGCACUAUAUCUGAACCUAGUCAAAUAAUGGUCUAUUUUGAUAAUAUUAAGUACAAAGUAUUUUCUAUUGUAAGAGCUAUAGAUAUUUGUUUUAAGAUAUUUCAUGUGUUUAAUUUAGAAUACCCCAUACAGUCCUUGGAUGUCUGGUUAUUCAUCCAAAAAUUUUACUUCAACAUUGUAUCAAAAUAUGAUAAGCCCUGUCCUUUAGUAAACCAAAUAAUAUCCGAAUUGAAGUAGGUUUUUAUUCUAAUACUUAAAUGGUAAACUGUAAUUACAUAAUAUUCAAAAAGCCGC